AUGCAUGGGAUUACAAACAGCUGUAUGGUACUUCUGUGCACAUUUUUGAAAGCAGAGAGUUUGCUGUUCCAUGGACAAACCAAUGUUACCUCAUCGGUUUCUAGUGGACAUUCUGAUCCUGAAGUGUACAAACAACUUCUUAAUUUGGAAAGGGAUUUAAUUUCAAUAAUGAGGGAUCAGAAACAACAAGCUCAGAAAUUCGAACAAAAACAAACCUUAUUAGAGGGAGAGAUUCAAUCGCUGAGGCAAUGGAAUCAAACGGCCCAAAUGAAGAUAUCAUUGUUAGAAAGUGAAAAUAAAAAUUUGAAAGAAAGACUAGAAAACAUGAAUUCUUCAUCCACUUUCUUAAAACAAAACGUGACAACAUCAGAAGAUUUGAGAAAGCUUGAGAACAUUCUAACCUUCGAAAUAGAGCAGACUGUCAGAGACAUUGAGGAAAAAAUAAUGAAGAACAUGUCUACCACAAUCACAGAUCUUGAACUCCGGGACCGAUAUCUAUCACUUUCUCUUCUGGAUGUACACAGCAACAUGACUAUCCUUGACCACGCACUUUCUAAGCUCAAGCAGCAGCAGAUGACAAAUGAAAAGCAACAGAAUAUAACAAUACAAAAGUUAUCUCUUUCGGUGUUGGAUGUACACAACAACACAGCAGAGCUAUCGUCUUCACUUUCUAGUCUAGAUGCGCAGCAGAAACAGAUGAAGAGUGAGAUCCAAACAGUGACAAAUUCACAGCAAAAGGACAUUACCAAACUGAACGAUACAAUUAUCCAUCUCAAGAAUCGUAUGUUCAAUUGCUUCAAACAAUUUAAGCUUUUACAGCUGCAGAAUGUUGGUCAAACAUAUGCAAGUGAAGACACGGUCAUAUUUCCAACAGUCAUAUACCAGGCGGGAGGAGGAUACAAUCCUACAACAGGAGUGUUUACCGCCCCAAAGGCUGGUCUGUACCUUAUAUUCUGUACCAAUGUGGCAGAUCACUAUAAAUCCUUCUGGACACAAAUAAUGAUUAAUGGUUCACCUAAGGUAGGUGUCAUGGCUUAUCUUGAUGGAUCUGUAACUGUCCUCCAGUCAGCCUCCAACCUUGUUGUCCACCAGUUACAAAUGGGAGAUUGA